CUCUUUCUCUUCAGCAAGGCGGCCCGAGCGGCUAACGCAAACAUGCAGAUCUUUGUGAAGACCCUGACGGCCAAGACCAUCACCCUUGAGGUUGAGCCCAGCGACACCAUUGAGAAUGUCAAAGCUAAAAUCCAAGACAAGGAGGGCAUUCCCCCGGACCAGCAGCGUCUGAUUUUUGCUGGUAAACAGCUGGAGGAUGGCCGCACUCUCUUGGACUACAACAUCCAGAAAGAGUCCACCCUGCACUUGGUGCUGCGUCUGCGUGGUGGUAUCAUCGAGCCGUCCCUGCGCCAGCUGGCCCAGAAGUACAACUGCGACAAGAUGAUCUGCCGCAAGUGUUAUGCUCGCCUUCACCCCCGUGCAGUUAACUGCCGCAAGAAGUGUGGCCACACCAACAACCUGCGUCCCAAGAAGAAGGUCAAAUAAGGGUCCCUGUCUACCGGCUCUCCUGCCUCCUGCUGGGGUUCUCCUGGGGCCAAUGGCUCUGGGCCCUUAAUAAAGUCUCACUUUCACUGACCUGAAGCAA